UUGAUAAAAAGGCUUGGAUGGAUCUCAUCACCAACGCUGCUACACAAAUGCUACAUUGAUCCCAAAAAAAGGUCUGAUCUUCUCCGGAUCGGAGAGAAAAACCCUAUAAAGUUUUUUGUAAUCAAAUCUCUCAAUUAAGCCUUUAUGGGAGAAAACAACAAUCAUCACAAAGAGCAAAAGCCACUUCCAUACGACAAAUCUAAUAAACCCUUUUCUUCUUCUUCUUUAACGAUACCGUCAUGCUCGUUUACAGCGAUGAUCGUCCUCUUGAUCUUCGUAUCGUAUCUGUUAUACUCAUUCAGUUUCAUCUCAUUUCUAAACCCAUAUUCUCCUUCUAAAUUCCCCAAGACUCUCAUCGUACCCGUAAUCCGUCUCGGGUCGGGUCAAAAACCCGAGGAACUACAACAAACAGAGCUCAAACACGUAGUAUUUGGAAUCGCUGCGUCCUCAGAUCUGUGGAAGCAUCGUAGAGAAUACGUGAAAACGUGGUGGAAACCUCACGGAGAUAUGAACGGCGUCGUUUGGCUCGACACACCCGUCAACGAUUCCGUUUCCUCACCCUCCGCCUUGCCUCCGAUCAAAAUCUCCUCCGACACGUCGAGCUUCAAGUACCGUUACCGUAACGGUCACAGAUCAGCGAUCAGGAUCACGAGGAUCGUGUCGGAGACGGUGAGGAUGUUGAACGGGACGGAAGCGGAGAGAAACGUGAGGUGGGUGGUGAUGGGCGACGACGACACUGUGUUUUUCACUGAGAAUCUUGUUAGGGUUUUGAGAAAGUACGAUCAUAAACAGUUUUAUUACAUCGGAGCUCCGUCCGAGAGUCAUUUGCAGAAUCUGCACCAGUUCUCGUAUGGUAUGGCGUACGGAGGAGGAGGGUUUGCUAUAAGCUAUCCGCUGGCCAAGGUUUUGGAGAAGAUGCAAGAUCGUUGUAUCGAGAGAUACGCUGAUCUUUAUGGAUCAGAUGAUCGGAUUCAUGCUUGUAUGGCCGAGCUUGGUGUUCCUCUCACUAAAGAAGUUGGCUUUCAUCAGAUGGAUGUAUACGGGGAUCUACUAGGCUUAUUAUCAGUCCAUCCACAAGUGCCAAUAGUGUCAAUCCAUCACCUAGACGUAGUGGAGCCUAUAUUCCCAAAAACAAGCCGAGUCAACGCCGUAAAGAAACUGAUGAUCCCAGCGAAACUCGAUUCAGCGAGUCUUGUCCAGCAGUCGGUAUGCUAUGAUACAAGUCGACAGUGGACAAUGUCAAUCUCGUGGGGGUACACAGUUCAAAUCACGCGUACGUAUAUGCCAGCGAGAAUGAUGGAGAUGCCCACUCGCACUUUUAACGAUUGGCACAAACGCUACGAUUUCACUAACGUUGCCUUCAACACGCGUCCCAUAACGUACACGGACUGUCAGCGUCCGCGAGUGUUUUAUCUCUCUCGCGCGUUUAGCAAUUCUUCUUCUGAUCAGAAGACGACGAUUACCGAAUAUACAAGGCACGACGAAUGGUAUCCUAGUUGCGACUGGGGAAUAGCAGAUCCUUCCGAUAUCAAUCAGAUAUUUGUCUACAAAAAGCCUAACCCGGAUAGGUGGAACAAGGCACCAAGGAGAGAUUGUUGUAGAUUAGUGCCGACAAGGAAGAAGGGAACAAUGGUGCUCAAUGUGGCAGCUUGUGCAAAUGACGAAAUUUUGGCUUAUUCUGAUAAAUAGUUUCUUGUUUAUUAUAUUACAAGAAUUUUGUUUGUUAGUAACAUAUUUAUAUACUUAAGGAAUAAAAUAUAUAUCCUUUGAUAAAAUAUUCCAUCAACUAUAUUUUGGAAAAAAAUGUAUACAAAUGUCUUUGUAUUAUUUUUUCUUCAUCUAA